AAAGGAAAGUAAAACAUUCAGCCUGUCUGUACAGAAAGAGAACAGAGGUCACAGCACAGCAGAAUGAAAAUACCAGCAUUUUGAUUUCAGAAGACGGUUCUACCAGGAAGAGUCGGGAGUGAAGAAGACCAUUUUAACCCUCGACAGGACUGAACAAGAUAACUCUGUAGAAAUCAAAGCAUCUUUGGCGUAGGCCCCGUCCUCGGUCCAGGCCUUGGGGUGCCCCUCGCAGAUCCUGUCGGAUCAAGUACCCCCCCCCAGACAACAAGACGAGGACCAAACUGGUGGUGGUGGGGAGGAAGGAGGGGAACGUGGGAACGUGGGCACCUGAAAGCAGCAGAAUAGGUCAGUUAUGCAGUUCUGCAGUUCUGCUCUCUGUGUCCUGAUCUUAUUAACCACUACAUUCACUACUGUGUGUGGAGCAGCUCCCACUGAAGUAAAGGUGAAGCUUAAUGACUCAGCGACUCUCCCAUGCAAUGGCAGAUGUUCUGGUUUGUUCAGGUGGUCCCAGAACUCUAGUGGUGUUGUGGCUCAGUGUAACCAGACUUCAUGCCUGUCAGUAAAAGAUGGAUUUGAAAUGUUCCAUAAACAGUACGAGAAAGGGAAUCUGUCUCUCAUCAUACCUGUAGCUGAUCUCAGUAAGAGUGGCGAGUACACAUGUUGGUGUGAUCAUAAGACCAUCAGUGCUGUGCAGCUUCACAUUGACUCUGUUCCUUCAGUAAAGGUGAAUCUUCAUGGGAAUGCUACUCUGCCCUGCUCUGUGACCUGUUCUGGUUUGUUUACAUGGGUCAGAAGUAAUGAUGAUGUUGUGGCUCAGUGUGAUCAGACUUCAUGCCAGUCAGUAAAAGCUGGAUAUCAGAUGAUCCAUGAUCAGUACCUGAAGGGAGAUCUGUCUCUCAUCAUCACUGACGCUGAUUUCAGUAUGAGAGAUACAUAUGCAUGUGAGUGUGAUGGAACAGCUCUCAGAGAUGUGGAAUUCAGCAUUAAUGCUCUGAAUUCUACAGUCCAGAUAAGAUCCAGUGAAUCUCUGGUGCUGGAUUUGGAAACACCAGAUCCAGUGGAGGUAAACAGCACAGGUUUAGGCAGUUCUCCCAGUGGUCAGAUCUGUACAGUGGAUGGACGCUCGCCACAGUGCAGUGGUGAUUAUAAACAUAGGGUGUCAUUGUCACCUGCUCUUGAGCUGAACGAAAUGAAACUGUCUGAUAGUGGAGUUUAUACCAGAACUAAAAAGGUCCUUCAUGUCUACACAGUGACUGUCCAAGAUGACCCGCCCAGUCCAGACAAAACAGCGAGCGUGCCUUGGUUGUGGUUGUCAGUGGGUCUGAAUGCUGUGUUUCUAGUUGUGUUUGUGGUUCUGGGAGCCCUAAUAUGUAGGAAGAAAAGUAGUCCAUGUGGAGGAGGAUAUGAGAUGAGAUGUGUUAGAAGAAAUGGAGAAGACAAUCACAGUGCAGAAGAACAGAACAUCCUGCCACCUGACCAAGAAUAACCAUAGGAGAAAAUGAUUCAUACACCAGCUAGCAAGAACUGUGGGACACUGAUAGCUCAGUUAUGACUUAGUACAACACUGACUGACCAGCUCAUUCACUGUACUUUGAUUAGCCACACUGUCAUUUUUUGGACUAACAUAUUUUCACAGUUCAUAAACAUUUUCAAUCUUUCCAUUUGUUUACACCAGCUAACAAUUAUGUACAUGUUCUUUUGAUAUAUUUCAGCUAAGCUUUUACUACAGUGAAUAUCA